AUGGAAAUUCCGUCUCAAAUAGAAAAAUUAAAGAGAAAAAUUCUAAUUCAAAAUGCCAGGAAAAAACUUAAAAUGUGAGUUUUAGGAAAGAUUUCAGCACAGAAAAUAUCGCUUUUUCCAGAAUUUCAUCAAGCAACUUACUGUAUCUACACUACAGUACUAUUUCUACAAAUUUCUAAAAUUAAAUGGAUCAAAGUGUGACGGAGACUUUCUACAAAUCCCAAUCAAAAAAGAAUGAUAAAAAAUAAAAAUAUUCAAAAGCGAUAACGCAGGCAAUUAUCACUCCAAAAAAUGUAAGAAAAUUUCUCUGAAAAGUUUUUUGCAACCUAAAAAUAUUGAUUUUUUCAGAUAUUCAUCCAAUUUACUGUAUCUACACUACAGUACUCAUUUUCUAACAAUAUUCAGUGAGAUAAUAAAGUGAGAAUUUUCCCUUGUAGAUUUUAAAGAUAAACAAUUUUCAGGUUGAACUCAAGAAAAACUCCCAAUGCUUUGCAUAUCUUGACGACAAUUUAA